GGGGAUGAUCUGGAAGGAGACGUGUGUAAGGUCUGUCAUUGAUAUGACAGGUGACCUUGACAUCUCCGUGUUAUCACCGCUCAGUCGAGCAGGAACCUCCAGCACAGGCAGCCAUGUCUACCGUUCCAGCUCUCAUUGUCACCGUUCUGAUUUGCGGUCCAAUAUUCACCAGCGGUUAUCCGGCAGGAAACUCUGAUGGUGGAAGUUCAGGAAACUAUUCGUCUGGGAGCAGCACGUAUUUGUCUUCUGGCAACGGAUAUCAGGUAUUCAUCUCGCAGAAAGAAGUAAAUGGAAACUGUAACUCAAAGUUGACCAUCUCUGGGCCGGAGAUAUUUAAGGAGAUCGUGUAUCCUUGCAAAUCCGAGCCCUGGCGAAUUAUUAACAUCAAUAACUCUCUUGUGGUGGGCAAUGAGUACUUCUCGGACACCCGAUCGGAGCUUGUACAUCUCAACAAGGAUACGUGUCUCCGAGAAGUCUUCAAGGAGACAGGAGGUAAAUACACAAGCACCGAGACCCCUAUGAAGGAACGGGACUGUGAUGCCGUCAGGGAGAAGAUCAAGGGACUGGAAGAACUCCAGAAGAAAUGGGACGAUUGGUAUACUAAGCAGCAGCAAUCGAUUCAGCAUCAACUUCAACAGACGCAGCAACAGCUGCAGAACGUCCAGCAUCAGAUUUUCGGCGGGGGAUUAUUCGGUGGUUUCCCUUUCGGAAAGAAAUAAACUGCCUAACGUUGACUUUGUAUUAUCUUGAUUAGUUAGUAUUAUAUGAAAAAUUAAUAAUUUAAAGAUUAUCAAUUUAACCAAAGUCAUAGUCUAACACCCACUAAAGGUUAACUAUUAGCCGAUAGAAUGAGUCCAAAAAAAUCUUCAUAUUGUUUGAAAUAAAUCCAUCUUAUAAGGAGGAUUUAGUACUAGAUUUCUUACAAACUUAAUAUAUAUUUUCUGUGAUUAAAUGUAUACUUUAUGUUGUAAA